ACAGCUAACAAGGUACCCAACAGAAGGAGAGCUAGUGCCUGCAUGAGAAACCUAAAGUGAAGCACAUUCAAAGAGACAAAGCAGAAGAAAAUGAGAACUCUUUUUCUGUUGACACUCUGUGCCUUGGCAGUCAUCUGCUUUUGCAAAAGAGAUGCAGACAGUUCUCACAGUGCACAAGAUUCCCAUGGAUCACAGAGCAGAGAAGCUGUUGUUGUCAGAAAGAAGACGGCUAAUGCCUUUAUGAAGAGGCACAAGCGUUCAUACUAUGACUACGUUGAAAGGUAUUAUGAACAAUUCAAGACUCCCCAGGAACGACAACGUGAAAUUUGUGAGCAUUACCAGCCCUGUGACCAAAUGGCAGACCAAGUUGGGGCUGAUGAGGCCUACAGAAGAUACUUUGGAGGCCACUACUACUAUUAAAAAAGACAUUGGCAGCAGUGACAGAACUUGGAAAUAAAGCUUACCUUACUGUUUGGUAUAGCCUUAAGGAGCAUUUCAUUGAAAGCUAUGUCCUCUUCCUUCACUAGUCAGGAGGAGACAGAUGUUGGUGUAUUAUAGUAAAGAAAUGUAUUCACAUGUGAUGCUGUAGUAUGUACAGUUGCUGAGCAAGAUGCAAUACUGUUCAUAACCCCAAGGAAAGUGUAAUGUGUGGAAAGUGUCCCCGAUCACUAGCAAAAUAGUUUUGCAGCAGACACAACUUACUCUGUAAUUUAAUAUACAACUUCCUUUCUACCCAGUUUUCAAAGCAAAUAAGUUUCCAACACAAAUAUAGCUGUUUUAGGUAUAACACUGCUUCAUAUUUCAUUUGACUGAACAUCAUUCAGAAAUGAUAGCCAUAAUCCAACAUUUUCAUAAAGCAAUUCCUCACAAUAGAAGGCUUUGCUAUGCCAGCAUGCUAAAGCUUCUAGCCCUGGAUAGCACCAAAAUUAAUUGUGACAAAGGUUAGGGGUUUAUUUUUCAUAGAACAUUUUCUUUCCUAAUGCUGUAUUAUUCUUUUAUUUUCCUCUUUUCUAAAUAAAAUCCUAACAGCAAGAUAUCUGAGAAGCACAUCACAAAAUGCCAACAUUUCAUUGGGUCAAAAAUCACCAGACUUUUUUUAUAUGACCUCUGGAUUAGUCUUACUAGUGGGUUUUAGAUACAUUAAUUCUAGCACUAGUUACCUCCUAUCUAUAAAGAAUUUGUCUGAUAAAUGACUUUGAUAUACCCCUUCCUUACAGAUAGUGUUCAGCACUGCAAAUGAAAUAUAGCACUUAAAUGAAUAUGAGGUCCAUUUUUUUAUCUGUACUCAGCAUUAUACUAACUUAUUAGGCACACAUAAGACUUCAGAAAAGAACAAGUCAUAGGAUGGGAUCUAUAGUUAUAAUAAUACAGAUCACAUGAUUUUAAUAACACUGUUAUGGUCAACUAACUUUCACAUGAAUAGUACCAGUUUCUGUAAAAAUUAAAAACAAUAAACUAUCCAUAGUUUAUUCCUUGUUGGGUUUAAUCACUGCUACUGAAUUUUAAUGUUAUUUUGGUUAUUAUAUCUCAAGAUCUGGAUAUGAGUCUAUUCAAUAUUAACUAUGUGAAUAUGAAUGCAGAACUGGUCAAUAUAUACAUAAUAUUUCCUUUCCCUCAUGUUAUUAACUGAUUAAAUUGUUUUAAGUUUUGUGCAUAUUGAAUUACACUUUCCAAUAUUUUUGGAACUUUUGUUUUCUAAUAAAUUGCUACACAAUGUAUUAGAGAAUUUUGCUUUGAGAAAUGUAAACUUAUAAGCCAGUUUAAUAGUAUAUUUGUUUAAUACUAAACAAAAUGUCCAAUAAGUAUUUCUGGUAAGAAGUAGAAAGAUCAUGUAUAUGUACUUUCAACUAAUACUUUGCAUUUGUUGUGUUAUUUUUAUACCAUUGUAUAACAUUUAAAGCUAUUCAACAAACAUAAUUCUUUAUGUUAAUAAAAAUCCUGAAAAGAUAAAAA